AUGUACAGAAUAGACGUUUCAGAUUUUUAUGACUUCCAAGCCUUCAGAAAUAUGUGUCCAUUUAGAGACUAUAACAAAGCAGUCGAGAAUUUGAAACGUUUAGUCAUUUAUGUCGACUCUGCCCCAGAAUGUUAUGUCAUGAAAGAAUGGGAUGUUGUCUUUAACAAACCAAGAGCGACAAUAGUUUCAGAACAAGAAUGUAAACAGAAACUUAAGAAAAUAAAAGUCGUACAAGUUGGCAUGA